AUGAAAAAGUGGGCGGGCGCAUUUGCAAUUCAUACUAGCGCCGUCGCGCACGGCCGAGUUAAAGGGCCCUCGGUCGAGAAGCCGGGAGUGCAAAGAACCCCUUUCGCCUUCCGCGCAUUCUAUUUUAUUCCGCGACGCUCGUGCGAUAUGACUGAGGUACAGUCACGUGCGAAAUGCUCGAACCCGAUAAAAAGCGCCCACGGCAAAGGGUACUACCCCUUACGCCGUCUCGAUAAGGCUCAAAAGCCGCCGCCGCAGCUCGAAAGCCGGGGCGCCCCACGUAGCGUGAAGCGCCCGCGACUCCACUUCCCCAGUCCGGAUCGGGGGCGACGACAUCUCGCCAAUCGAUCGCGUAGGGCCCACCGCCCCCAUCCCGCUGAUUACUGCACUCCGUUCGCGAGUACGUCUAUUCUGUUAUUGUCUAUGGUCCGGCGAGCCGGCGGCGUCGUGACGAAGUUGGAUAGGGUUAUGCAACGCGUGAUAAAGCGUGGCACGUUC